UUGACCUCGCCAUCCGUCAUGGCAAGUCGGCUGAAGCAGGUGUUUGCAUUACCGCAUCGAACGGACGUUAUGCUAAAUGAGCAGUUUUGUCUCGUUCAAGAUGCGCAAACAAAUCUGGAGAAAGCAUUGGGUUUAUUGAAGAGUGCAGAGACAGAGGAAGAUGCUGCUAGUCGUUUGGCUAGCGUUCAGGCACUUCGGAGCAGGACUGAUGAGCUGAUUGUAAUGUUACAGUUGUUGGUUAAAAUUCGUACUGAGCUUGCUCACUGCAUGAGAGAUGUAGAGAAGGCGAGGAAAGAAGGACGAGACGUUGCGAGUCUUGGAAAGCGUGUUAGGUGGCUUGAGGAUCGGCUUGAAAAACUAUUGUUGUCAAGGAGGAAAAUGCGUCGAACUAGACCUACUAGGCAAACUAUGGAGACUAGAAGAGAGCCUAGAAGAGAGCCUUUUCUUAGCAGUUUGCAAUCAAACGACAUGGUGCCUGACAUUACUGUUGUUCCUCCUGAUGGAUCUGCAGAAGCAUCAUUAACUGUAGGAAAUAGUAGUUUUGAUGGACAAAUGUUACAUCGACCAAUUCAGGAGCAUAUUAAUGGGAGACUAUCUACACUUGAAGAAGCUUUGGCAAGUCCACAGGCUGGCUUCUUGUCUUCUGGAGAAUUAGAACAGUCUGCUUCAACUAUUGGAUCUGAAGUGACUGUGGAAAGUAGUUCUGUUGCUGAAUCAGAUGAUGAAACACAGUCAGAAUCAGAAAGCGUUUACAGUGAAGAAGGUAGCUCUGUUUUAGAAGAAUCAGAUUAUGCUUCUGAAAUUGUUCAAAGUAAUGUGGAAAUGAAGGCAGAGGCUAGUAGGAAUGAGUUGGAAGAUACGUCUCUGAUAGACCACAAACAUGAAUCAAUUAUUAGUCUUACUGUUAGCGAUAAAUCUGAGGAACAGGAGGUUGAUGAAGAUUUUAAAAGAGAGAGUGAUGAUGAAUUAGGUGAUUUGGCAUUAAUAAGUCAGGCAUGGUCUGCUCGAACAGACACACUUCCAGUCACCCACAAGGCGUUAUCUAACUAUGGAGCUCUUCUUACUGCCAGAGUGUCUAAAUCUGGUCGAUCACCACACUUUCUGUACCAAAACACUGAAAUUAAGUCAGAGACAUCUACUCAACCUUUACCAGAGCCACAUGUCCAUUCUCCACCUCGAUCGUUGAGACGACCUCCUAAUAUUCACACUCAGUAUGAAUUUAUUGAAGGGUAUGGUGUCGAUGAUCCUUUGUCAUGGCAUCGCCUUGGUCUUGCAGUGGAAUCAAGCUUUGUACCUUCUCGCACUAAGCGCACACCAAUACCUUGGAGGGCUCGAACCGUCCAUUCAGUCUUGGGUAGCUCUGAAACGAAUGAAAAGAUGGAACUUGAGCAUUCAGGAUUUGAGUCGCUUUGUCGUAAGAUUAACCAAACGUUUACAUUUAUUGAAUCAACUGCUGAUGAUCUGGCUGGUCACAGGAUGCCUGAAAUACGCAAGAGAUCAAAGUCUCGAUCUACUACACCUAGCAGAUGCAACUCAGCAAAGGUGUUGUUUUCAUACAGUACAGUACAACCGCUAUUUCUAUUUCUACUGGUUGUUUGUGAUGAACAGCAUGGUAGACAAGGUUCCUUUUCAGUAUUAAAUUCAGUCCAAGCCUCAGUUUAUUUGGCCAUUCCAGAAUUGGAGAUACCGAAUGGUGGGGAAUCAUCUCAGAUGGUUGUUUUGGAUAGAAGCAGACGGUACCCUUUAGAUCCAACGAAUUGGACAGAGGGCAGCUCUCCAACAGACACUUGUGUGAAGAGAGUUGCAGUUCAGUCUAGACAAUCUGAUAGUACAGUAGACAGACAGACAGUUAGAGAACGAAGAAGCAGUAGUCGCCCAGGCAUUUGGAAGGCAACAGCAAAAGGCCUCUCUUUUGCUACAAAGUUUCAGCGUGGCACUCGUCAAAGACACUCAGAUAGAUUUGGACAGAAAGCGAAGAGCAUUGAAUAUCUUCUAAAUCAUCAGCUUCAGUCGCCCAUUGCUGCAGACAGACGUACAGCUGCAAAGGCACUUGGUUUGUUAUUCUGGAAGGAUAGAGCUACUGUGAAUGGGUUGAAAGACAGAGUUAUAAAUGAUAGCGAUGAGUUGGUGCAGAUGGAAGCUUCACGAUCAAUGUUAUUACUUGGAGUGUGGAAAGACUGUGCCAUUAAAGUAAUUUUAUCAGCUCUUAGAAGAGGGACUAACGAGUUGCGAAAGGAACUUCUAACUGCAAUUGCAAGUUCUGAAAAUGUUAAACUUGUUGACAAGACAAAGGUACCAUCAUUUUCUGAGCUUAUUUCAACAGUAAAGACUCUUCUGGCGGACAAAGAAUUAGAGUUGUCUGCAGCAAUUUGUUUGGGAGAAAUGUGUGUGUAUGAUGAUAAAGCAAAGAAGGUUCUUUUGGGAAAACUCGAUGAUUCCAGCUAUAGAGAGAGAGGCUUGAGUUUAACUGUUCUCAUAAGACAAAUGAAUUGUUGUGAUGAUUGUGUGAUUGAGUCACUUCUUCUACAACUAAAAGGAUCUUUUAGUUCAAAGGAUCGAAUAGGUGCUGCUUCACUAAUUGGACAACUAAAUCUACAAAGAGUGUCUCGCCAUUUGUCAAUUGAACUUAUUAGGUUGCUAGAAACAAAGUUGUGGGAUGAUCCUGUUAAGACUGUAAGACAAGCUGCUGCUGCUGCAUUGAAGAAUAUUGGGAAGUGUGAUGAAAAAAGAAAGCAAAUUAUCAAACGACUUGAAGACCCAGAUGAUCACAUUCGAGCCCAUGCAACAACUUCACUGGGAACAUUAGGUGUUAAAGAUAUGCAGCAGUUGCGUCUGCUUUUGGACCUUAUUGAACUUGAUCCCAGUGUUUACGUCCGCAUUCAGGCUGUACGAGCUGUUGCAGCGCAAGGUAUCAUUAAUUCUAGAGUUUUACGAGUACUGAGAGACAGAGAGAAAGGCGAAGGUCCCUUAUCGAGAGAAGCAUCUAAGGCAAUAAAACACCUAAAACAAUUACUUGAUGGAAAGUGCAACUGGAAUGAAACAGACAUGGAAGUAUCUUGAAAUAUGCUGCUGCUGCUGCUGUGGGAAUUUUGUAAAUUUUGCACAUUGAUUUAUUUUAUUAACAGAAAUGAACUGUUGUUAUUAUUUGCAUUGAUAGUGUAAAUUUUGCACAUUGAUUAGUAUUAACAGAAAUGAAAUGUUGUUAUUAUUUGCACUGAUAGUAUUUGAAACUAAAUGAAUACAGACAAUAUGUUGUAAUUAA